CACUCGCGGCCACCGUAGCGGGAUCGGCGGAGGCCCCGCGGCGGCCGAUGGUCCGCGUUGUGCCGCCGCCCCCCGCCCGCCCCGCUCCGACCCGGCAGCGGCCGCAGAUGGCGCGGCGGGGACCGGGCAGGCGGGGCGGGAGGUUACCGGCACCGCCGCCGCCACCGCUGCUGGCGCUGCUGCUGCUGUUGGUGCUGGGCCCCGCCGCCGCCGCCGCCGGCGAGGAGGUGGCGGUCUCCAAGGAAUGCGACAAGCCGUGCGCCAACGGCGGGCGGUGCCAGCCGGGCACCGGGCAGUGCGAGUGCCAGCCUGGCUGGGUGGGCGACCAGUGCCAGCACUGCGGGGGGCGCUUCAGACUCACUGAAACUUCGGGGUAUGUCACAGAUGGGCCUGGAAAUUACAAAUACAAGACAAAAUGCACCUGGCUCAUUGAAGGAAGGCCAAACACAAUCCUCAGGCUUCGAUUCAAUCACUUUGCCACAGAAUGCAGCUGGGACCACUUGUAUGUGUAUGAUGGAGACUCAAUUUAUGCUCCCUUACUGGCAGCUUUUAGUGGUCUUAUUGUUCCUGAGAAAGACGGCAAUGAAACGGUACCUGAAGUUGUAGCUACUUCUGGAUAUGCCCUUCUACAUUUCUUCAGUGAUGCUGCCUAUAAUCUCACAGGGUUUAACAUCACCUAUAAUUUCAAUAUGUGUCCCAAUAACUGCUCUGGCCAAGGGGAGUGCAGGCUCAACAGCAGCAGCAUGGCCCCGCAGUGUGAGUGUGCCGAGCGCUGGAAGGGAGAGGCCUGUGACAUACCCUACUGCCCGGGGAACUGCGGGGCUCCUGAGAGGGGCUACUGCAGCCUCAACGGCUCCAGGGCAUGUGUGUGCUCUGCGGGCUGGCAAGGUCCUGGCUGUUCAAUUCCUCUUCCUGCAAACCAGUCGUUUUGGACCCGGGAAGAAUACACUCUUCCAAAACUUGGUAGAGCAUCUCACAAAGCUGUCAUCCAUGACAAUAAAAUGUGGAUUGUUGGAGGCUAUGUCUUCAAUCAUUCUGACUCUCAGAAGGUUUUAGCGUAUGAUCUCAUUUCUGAAGAGUGGCUUCCACUGAACAGCUCUGUGAACUCAGUGGAGAUGAGAUAUGGUCAUUCGUUGGCAUUGCACAAGGAUAACAUCUACAUGUACGGCGGCAAGCUGGAUGCCACAGGGAACGUGAGCAGCCAGCUGUGGGUGUUCCACAUCCCCAGGCAGAGCUGGGCCGUGCUGGCACCCCGGGCCAAGGAGCAGUACGCCGUGGUGGGGCACUCGGCACACAUGGUCACCCUGCGGGACAACAGCACCGUCAUGCUGGUGAUCUUUGGGCACUGCCCCCUCUACGGCUACAUCAGCAACGUCCAGGAGUACAACCUGGUGACAAAUACCUGGAGCGUCUUGCAGACGAGCGGAGCUCUGGUGCAAGGAGGAUAUGGUCACAGCAGUGUUUAUGAUCCAAAUACAAGAUCAAUCUAUGUCCACGGGGGUUACAAGGCAUUCAGUGCCAACAAGUACAGGCUGGCAGAUGAUUUGUACAGAUAUGAAGUGGAUUCCCGCAUGUGGACUAUUCUCAAAGACAGCCGAUUUUUCCGCUACUUGCACACAGCUGUGAUAGUGAGUGGGACCAUGCUGGUGUUUGGAGGAAACACUCACAACGACACCUCCAUGAGCCACGGAGCCAAGUGCUUUUCUUCGGAUUUCAUGGCCUAUGAUAUCGCCUGUGAUCGAUGGUCUGUGCUGCCUCGCCCGGCUCUGCACCACGAUGUCAACAGGUUUGGGCACUCUGCUGUGCUGUACAACAGCACCAUGUAUGUGUUUGGAGGCUUCAACAGCCUCCUCCUGAGUGACAUCCUGAAGUUCACACCUGAGAGAUGUGAGGCUUUUGGCAACGAGUCGUCCUGCCUGGGGGCUGGCCCUGGAGUCAGAUGUGUGUGGGCUCCCCACCCUCCCCGCUGCAUCCCCUGGGAAAAUGCAACACUGGAGCAGCAGCAAAAGGUCUUUGAAGACUGUCCUCCCAAGCCAGCUGUAGACAAUGAAAAAUGUGAUCAGAUUACAGACUGCUACAGCUGCACAGCCAACACAAACAGCUGUCAGUGGUGCUCUGACCAGUGUAUCCCAGCACACAACAACUGCACAGAGGAACAGGUUCCUGUUACUCUCUAUGAGAAUUGUCCUAAGGAUAAUCCUGCCUAUAACUGUAACAAAAAGACAAGCUGUAAAAGCUGUGCCAUGGAUCAAAACUGUCAGUGGGAACCUAGGAAUCAGGAGUGCAUUGCUUUGCCAGAAAAUAUCUGCGGAACAACCUGGCAUUUGGUUGGCAACUCCUGCCUGAAGAUCACCAACGCCAAGGAGAACUACGAUCAUGCCAAACUGUCCUGUAGGUCCAACGGUGCUUUACUGGCUUCUCUCACCACCCAGAAGAAGGUGGAGUUUGUUCUGAAGGAGCUGCAGAAGAUUCAGUCCUCACCCAAAACUUUGACUCCAUGGGUUGGACUGAGGAAAAUCAAUGUGUCCUAUUGGUGCUGGGAAGACAUGUCUCCCUUCACCAACACCCUCGUCCAGUGGCUUCCCGAUGAACCCAGUGAUGCUGGAUUUUGUGGAUAUUUAGCUGAGCCUUCCCAACAGGGAUUGAAGGCAGCAACAUGUAUCAACGAGGUCAACGGCACUGUCUGUGAAAGGCCAGCCAACCACAGCGCCAAGCAGUGCCGCACACCGUGCGCGCUGCGCGCCGCCUGCGCCGAGUGCACCAGCGGCAGCUCCGAGUGCAUGUGGUGCAGCAACAUGCAGCAGUGCGUGGACUCCAACGCCUACGUGGCCUCCUUCCCCUACGGGCAGUGCAUGGAGUGGUACACCAUGAGCAGCUGUCCCCCUGAAAACUGCUCAGGCUACUGCACGUGUGCUCAGUGCCUGGAGCAGCCGGGCUGUGGGUGGUGCACGGAUCCCAGCAACACUGGCAAGGGCAAGUGCAUCGAGGGCUCCUACCGGGGGCCUGUCAGGAUGCCCACCCCAUCCACGCCAGGGAAACACAGCUUGGAGCCUGUUCUCAAUGUCAGCAUGUGUCCUGUGGAGAACAGCUACAACUGGUCCUUUAUCCAGUGUCCAGCCUGUCAGUGUAACGGGCACAGCCGCUGUGUGAACGAGAGCGUUUGUGAGAAGUGUGAGAACCUGACCACGGGCAGGCACUGUGAGACCUGCAUCUCGGGCUACUACGGGGACCCCACCAACGGGGGCACGUGCCAGCCUUGCAAGUGCAAUGGCCACGCAUCCGUCUGCAACACAAACACAGGGAAAUGCUUCUGCACAACCAAGGGAAUCAAAGGAGAUGAGUGUCAACUGUGUGAAGUUGAAAACAGAUAUCAGGGAAAUCCACUUAAAGGAACGUGUUACUAUACUCUCCUCAUCGACUAUCAGUUCACCUUCAGCCUUUCCCAGGAGGACGAUCGCUAUUACACAGCAAUCAACUUUGUAGCAACACCUGAAGAGCAAAACAGAGACCUGGACAUGUUCAUCAAUGCAUCUAAAAACUUCAACCUCAACAUUACUUGGUCCACAAGUUUUGCAGCUGGCACACAGGCUGGGGAGGAAAUUCCAGUUGUUUCCAGAACUAAUAUAAAAGAAUACAAGGACAGUUUCUCCAAUGAGAAAUUUGAUUUCCGCAACAACCCAAACAUCACCUUCUUUGUUUACGUCAGCAAUUUCACCUGGCCCAUAAAAAUACAGAUUGCAUUCUCACAGCACAGCAACUUUAUGGACCUGGUGCAGUUCUUUGUGACAUUUUUCAGCUGUUUCCUGUCAUUGCUCCUGGUGGCAGCUGUGGUUUGGAAGAUUAAACAAAGUUGCUGGGCAUCACGACGGAGAGAGCAACUACUACGUGAGAUGCAACAGAUGGCAAGUCGCCCCUUCGCCUCCAUCAACGUUGCCUUAGAAACAGAUGAAGAGCCACCAGAUCUCAUCGGGGGAAGCAUAAAGACUGUACCAAAGCCGAUCGCGCUGGAGCCCUGCUUUGGGAACAAAGCAGCUGUUCUCUCCGUGUUCGUGAGGUUGCCUCGAGGGCUUGGGGGUAUUCCACCACCAGGACAGUCAGGUCUCGCAGUGGCCAGUGCUCUGGUGGACAUUUCACAACAGAUGCCAAUUGCCUACAAAGAGAAGUCGGGCGCGAUCCGAAAUCGGAAGCAGCAGCCCCCUGCACAGCCAGGAACCUGUAUUUGAUGCAUGGACAUCAGAAACUGUCUAGGGUUUUAAACAAAAUGGAAAAGUAAUACCAAGGAGGAGGAAGAUUUCCAAGUUGUGUCCCAAGAGACUAGAAGCACCCGGAAAAAACCACAACUUCCUUGAACCCAGUUUUUUUCUCUCAUCUACGUGCUAGUUGGCUUUAUUUGACAGCUGCUCCACUUAAGUUUUACUGACACAUGGCUUCAGAUUGCUCCUUUGUUUUCUUCAAGUUUAAAGCAAAAUGAUUUCAUUGCAGGUGCGGUGAGGUUGGAUGCCACCACUCCUGGUCAGUGUAAAUACAACAGUAGUCCAAUGAAUGACACUCAGGUUUCUACAUGGAAAGUGCUUUGUAGUUCAUGUAUUUAUCAAACUGUACAAAAAGAAAAAGACCCAGUGUUUACAGGUGUCAGCUCUCAACACAUAAACACUACUAUUAAUCUUCAAAGCAUCUUCAUUCUUUGUUUUCAUUUAAUAUUUAAUUGUUCCCUCAUUAUUUCAGUGGAACUCUCUUCCAGGCACAGCCUUUUUGUAGUCAUCAUGGUCCAGGAAUGCAAAAGCUGGGAUGGUUUAAAGGUUGAUGUUGCUCAGACCACAUGAAAUAACUGGAAAGCUGGAUGUUGCUUUGGAAAGACUCAGUGUUUACAUAGUCUUAACCUGCUUGGAGUACACCACACACAAGUGCCUAGACGUGAACAGAUCUAGGGAGUGAGGAGACUGCUACACAUGCUGCUUUUUCACAUAGGUAAAUUCCUUUAAAGGUAUGUAUACUCACAUCUAGAGUCACCCAGGCACUCUGUGUCCUCUGUCCCGUGCAGUCAGAGGAAAAUCGCAUUUUCCUGACCAACCAAAUACUCACCCAGGUGCAAAUAUCUGGAAAGCACGUAGAGUUUCAGUAUCCCAUUAGAAAACUCCUGGUUCCACCAGCAUUUUCAUAGAAGCAGUCUGUGUUCCAGGUCAGACACAUCACAUUUUUCUGAUUUUGGCCUCUUUCCUCCCCCUUCCCUCCCGCCAUCCUCUGGAUGAGAGCUGAGCUUGGAGGCAUUGCUCCUCAGUGGUUAUGGUUGGUCCAUGUUCUUGCAGGGUGUAAAAAGCAACACUCCGGGUGCCAGAUCACUUGAGGAUGAAGUAAAGAAAGAACUUUUAAUAAAAACCAAGCAGAGCAGCUUUGUUUUGCCACAGGUUUGAGUUCUACACGUUCAGAUCCUGGUAUUUCCUGUUGAGCUUGAGCUCUGUUAGAGGUUGAAGUUGUUGCUGGUUGGUGAAAGGACGAGACUUUUAAACAGCAAAGAGAAGGUUUGGUGUUUGGGGGGUGCAUCAAACCACCUGAACUGCUCUGACAAGCUGGGAUUGUGGUUUGAGGCUCAAGGUUGGACUGAGCCCACCCAUGUGUGUGUGGUGGUGUCCCUGGAAUGUGGCACAGGGCCAGGGCCACCCGGCGUGGUGGGGCUGCAGCUGCUGGGAGGGUGCUAGUGAAGGUGCCAAAUGAGGAGUGUAAUUGUGGCUCCAUCAGAGUCAUCAUGGGCUCGUCCCGGUCACUCAGCUGUGGGUUCUGUUGAGGACAUCUGAUAUUUAUUAAAUGGAGAAGUGACGCAUGGAAGGGAAGUGCCCUUGGGUGUGGCCAGGCAGCGCCUUUCCAAACUGAAACCCAAAUAACUGCUCCUUUUUUGUGCGUGUUCUGGUGAUCAGUCACAUAUCAGCCAUUCAUUUCUGGGGUGGUUUUUUCCUAACCAUGUAUUUUGAAGAAGCUCUUUGGAGCCUGGCAGCGUUGCAAUAAAGAGGUGAACUGCUGUGUGUGUCCAGACAGUGGUGAUGGGAACAGCCUGAUGGCUUAAGGACUGUGGUGGAUGGUAAUUCUGAUUUAAUGUGUCAUUUACCAAGUGCAAGGGGACUGCAGAAAAAUAUUGGGAACAUGCAUUAUAUAUAUAAAUAUAUAUAAAUGCAUCUGUUUCUAAACUAGAAGUUUCAGUGCUCUGUGGGAAGAAGGAAUUAUGAUGGGAAAAGGGUUGAGAUUUGUCUUAGAAUGAAGGGAUUUAGACAAUUUAAGUUUUACCUGGUGCAUGGAUUACCUCAGACAGAUUCAUCUCCUGAUAAUAUUUUCUAACUUGCUCAGUGAUAGGGUUAAUCUGAACUGGAGAAAUAAGACUGGACUAAAAUCCCUCCCCUGUUACUGUGUGUUUUCAGCCACGGUGCACAUCCUGAUGUUUGCAGAUUUCUUCUUGCUGUUUUUGGGAGGAGAACUGCCAGCCCAGAUGGUGAAAGCCCCUGUGCUGGAGUUUCCCUCUUCAGGACAGCUCUUGGGCAGGUGCUUAAAAUUGUUGGGCUUUCAUGAUCACAAACAGCUUUCAGAACUAUAGGCCUGGAGGAGUGAUAGAUUUUUACAUUAAUAAAAAGACAUAAAUACAGAGUUUGGGACAUUUUCUCACUCCUGGAGAGCUGGGCUGUCUCGUCUGCAAAGCCUACAGUGUGCCAGGAGUGUGGCCAGAAUGAGGUGUCAGAUACUGAAAAAAUGGGCAAAAAUUAUCAAAGUCAAGGUUUAUCAGAACCAAAAAUGUAACUAGAGCAACAAGAGUUACUUAUGUAGCUAAAAGGAACUGGCUCCUUUAGGAUGUGGCUCUGCCCUGCGUCUGAUCUCCAUCCUGAUGAGGGAGAAGAGAACUCAUACAUAGCUCUGCUGCAGUUUCAUCCCAGCUUAGAGGUAAACAGGGGAAAACAUGGGAAAGGACAGGGGAAAGAGGAAUUGCUGGCAGUUUAUCACCAGGUCAGUAUCAAAAGUGAAGGAUCUUUGGGUGUAUUUCAUUUGGAGGUGAGGUGGGGGAGAAAGAACAACUUUAUUUCAUGGGAGAAUCUGUAAAUAAAUGACAGAUGGCACACAGAUUUUGCACUUGUACAUAAGCUCUACAGUAACGUGCAGAACAUGGAGAGAUUUAAAAUGUAUAUAAACCAGAAAAAAUAUUGAAUGUAUUUUUGAUGAUUUUAAAUUAUGUAUGAGUUUUGUCUUAAUAACUCCUUCAUCUGAUCAGUAGUAGAUAACUUUCCAGAGCUUUAAACAACAGAUUAUAUCGUGAUAUCUUGCAAAGCAGGGAGGCAUAACUUGACUUUUGUGUGUUCAAAUGUAUUUCACUUAAAUGUAGAAACCAAGUUAAAUAAUGGCUUUUCCAUUUGAAAGGGGGAAAAGCAACAUUUGGAUACAAGUAAUAAAGGUCCUUAAAGUGGUCACUAGUGGAGGAAUAAAUCUGUAGUUUAAGGCCUUUGUUACUGAAAUUGUGGCAGUGUUUCCAUUCAAAAUCACUAUUUUCAGGUGUUUAUAACUGGCUGAAAAUCAGCAUUUGACAUCUCGACUCUCAGAAGAUUUUAAUUCUCUGAGAGGAGCCUUUAAAAGAAAUUAGUAAUGAAAUUUCAGAACUGUUGGGGCCCUUUUAUUCGAGAAAACAGUGAUGCCAGUGGAUCUCCAAAUAACAUCUUUUUUGUUUUUUAAUUCACCAUUUUCCAUGAGUUUUAGCCCAGAAUUGUCUCUGGGCUGGUGUAGCAUGACCUUGCCACGCUCUGGCUCAGUAUUUUGGAUACAAGAAUAUUUACGAGACACAACUUUUCAGUUGUUGUUACCACUUUCCCUGGGCUUAAAACACAUUGUAGUGAAAUUACCAAAAUAAAGCUAUUUUUGAUGGGAAAUGCCUGUGAUUAACAUCAAGCCAUGGCAUAUAAUGUCCCAAAUUCAGUGGUGUGGCACCAUGGGCGUGGCAGCCUCUGCUGGCAGAUCCCCACUCCCGAGGGGUGCUUGUGUCCUGAGGGUGCCCGGGAGCUCCAGUUCUUGCAGGAAACGUCACCAAGGUCCCCGGGCCUGGGUUUGGGGGGGCUGUCACUGGCACCCAGCUUGCUGAGCUGGAAGGAGGGCUUGAGGCUGAAAUCAAACUGGGGGCCUUUUCCACAGCCCCUGGGGCUCCAGUGCCAUGGGGCUGGGCUGCCCCUCCGUCCUGCGCUGCUCCAGGUGUUCCAGCUGCUUUUCCUUCUCCACGAGACCCUGAGUUAGGGACAGGCACCAGCUGCAUCUCGGAGCCCUCAGCCCCUUCCCACUGAAACUGGGAUUCCUUUUCUGUGCUGUGAGACAGCAGCGAGCGGGCUCUGCGUGCCCGGGCAGCCCCUGAGCUCCUCUGCCCUCCCGGGUUUGCCCGUCUGGGAGCACCAGGGGAGGGAGGAAGGGGCUGCCUGGGCAGAGCCUCCUGGAGCUGCGGGACAGGGGGCAGGGUGGGCUCUGCUGGGAAGGUGCUUGCCGAGUGCGGGGGCUGUGGAAGGGAGGGAAGGGAUGGCUUGGGGUGUGCUCCUCAUUUUUGGGUGUGUUCUUUGCAAUUUUAGACAAAUUCCUGCCUUUUCUGUUGGUAGCUGCUGAAAUGAGCUGAGUUUCCAUGCCAGGACUACUACAAUAUGUGUAUCUGCUGAUUUUUUCUGCAUCAGGGCAGGUUUUGUUCAGUCUGUUUCUUUGUUCACACAGACUAUUUGUGUGCGUCUUCCAGGUACUAGAAUUCUUUACAUUUCCUCUCCAUUUAGUAUUGAUUCCACAAACCUCACCAGUAGAAAAAUAGAAAAAAAAAACCCAAUUGUCGCAGAGUGUAUCAGUCCAUUAAAAAAAAAAAAAAGAAAAGGAAAAAAAAGAGUUUUAUAUUACUCUGAAAUUUGUGCACAAUAAAUGUUCUUUAAACUAAGAUCCUUGAAUUGUAUUCUGGAUUUUUUUCCCUCUUUGUUCUGUAAUUAUUUAUGAUUCUUAUCUGUGUUCAGACUUGAGCUUAGUUUGUUAAUAUGUAUAAUUUAGCAUUUAUUGCAUUCAUAUGUAAAUAGGAGCAAGUAUUGUAAACUAUUUCAUUGCUGGGGUUGUGGGUGUUAUACAUACACACAUUUAGGAUUGCAGUUUUUUGGUAUAAUUUUUUGUAUUGUAAAAUAACAGCUAAUUUAAAGCCGGAACGAGAAAAUUCUUGGGAGGUCUGUGCAUUUUAAAUACAAAUGUGAAGUACAUGUAUAUAAAUAAAAGUAAAUAAUGCAAAUCUUUCCUCUGAAAUAAAAAGUAGAUCUGGUUAA